AUGGCUGACGUGUGGUCCAGCCGCGUGCGGGAGAGGAAGAAGAGAAUGCAGCAGGGUACCUUGGAUGAGUUUGAUGACCUGGACGACAGCCUGACCAGCCUCAUGUGGCUGCAGGACUUCUCCAUCACUAAUGCCAGCAUGGGCAAGUCCUCCUGCUGCCCCACUGGGCCAGACUCCCACGACUGUCAGAAGAUCCCCAGCUUUGCCGCCCCAUGCUCACCCCUGGCUGCUGACCCGGCGUGCAUGGGCAUGCCCCACACUCCCUGCAAGCCCAUCUCUUCAUCCACCUCGAGGACAGCACACACCACUGUGACCAUGAACCCUCAGCUCAUGGAGGACAUCGACUACAAGACCAACCCGCAGGUCAAGCCACCCUACUCCUAUGCCACCCUCAUCUGCAUGGCAAUGGAAGCCAGUGAGAAGCCCAAGAUCACCCUUGCUGCCAUCUACAAGUGGAUUACUGACAACUUCUGCUACUUCAGACAUGCUGAUCCCACCUGGCAGAACUCCAUCCGGCACAACCUCUCCUUGAACAAGUGCUUCAUCAAGGUGCCUCGGGAGAAAGGUGAACCAGGGAAAGGGGGAUUUUGGAAGCUGGACCCCCAAUACGCCGACCGGCUCAAGAACGGUGCCUUCAAGAAGAGGAAGGUGCCCCCGGUGCAGAUCCACCCGGCCUUCUCCAAAACAACCCUGCAGGAUCCACCAUGUGCCACCAGCCCAUCCUCUUUGGUUUGCACCUCCAAUAACAUCCUCAACGUCAACAUGGAGUCGCAGCAGCUGCUGAAGGAGUUUGAAGAACUCACUGGGAGCCAGAACAUGAAUCCAGAGGAUGGCAAAGCGGGGUGCAAGCGCAAGCAGCCCCUGCCCAACCGAACGGCCAAGGUAGCUCGUGUUUCCAGUUCUCCCUUGCUGACUCAGGAGGAGCAGACCGAGCUGGGGUCCCUCAAAGGUGACUUUGACUGGUCAGCCAUCUUUGACACCAACCUGAGUGAAAACUUCUCAGCUUUUGAAAACCUGGAGCUCACGCCUCCAAUCGGCCCUAUCUUAGGUGAUGUGGACUUGGAGGCACACGGCCACAUCAACUGUCCCCAGGGGCAGGAGCAGGUCCUCACCGAAUGCAACCAAACCAACCCAGACCUGGAUGAAACCUUGAUGGCCACAGCUUUUCUGGAGAACCCCUGGGAUGAGGGCACAAAUGACUGCCUCUCCAACUGUGUCAACAUCGACCAGCUCUUUGAAGUCUAUGAUGCCUCUUUGCCAGCUGAGGAGGGUGACUGGAGCAGCCUCACGUCCCUUGUAUAA